AUGGCUAGCCCAAUUCACUCCGAGAAGAGCCCAGCAGCCUUCGUGAGCAGCCCACCUCCAAUAAGCAGCGCCAGCAGCAGCAGCGCCCAACAUGAAAUACGCCAGCCCCCUCGAAACCCGAGCUAUAGCAUGCCCCGAGGCUUCGACAAGCUCCUCCACCACGCACCCGAAUCAUCACCAGAACCCCCUCCACGACGCCCCUCCACACAAUCCCGCUACCAUCUCCACGUCCGCCAACAACCCAUGGCAGCAAGAGCCUGCGGUGCCGGCGAUAGAGACAGACGCCCCGUCGAUCCACCCCCAAUAGUCCAAAUCCUCCUCACAGACUUCGACCCCGACUCCCAAGAUGACCGAGACAUCCUACAAGAUCCGCGCUUCACAGUGGGCUGCCUCCUCUUCCCCGUCCCAGAUACAACGGUCUGGACCCCAUCAUCAGAAGCCGAAUCCGCCGAACGCGACGCCGACGGCGUCGCCCGCGCAGAUGACUCCUUCUCCACCCCUUUACUCUCCGGAAAAGCCUUCAUGUCCCCCUUCUUCGUGGACGCAGACCCAGACCCAAACUCCGCACCAACCCACCCCUCCUCCUCCUCAGAAGACACCCACACCCAUACCCACCCUCCAUCCCAAUCCCUCCGCAAUGCCUCAAAACUAAACCAACCCGCCACAUUCUUCAUCUUCGCAGACCUAUCCAUCCGCUCGGCGGGUCUGUAUAGACUCCAAUUCCGAUUAAUGAAUUGGGGUUCUGUGGAGGAUACGGGUCAAUCUAUGCCUAUACUUGCGGAGGCUUGGUCAGACCCGUUUAGGGUGUAUGCGGCUAAGGAUUUUCCUGGGAUGAGGGAUUCGUCGAUUCUUGCGGAGGGAUUGAAGGAGUUGGGGUUUGUGGAGUUGAAGACUAGGGGGAAUGGGAAGGGGAAGGGGAGGAAGAGGGGAUGA